UCCGCACUACUUCGUAAAUAGUCUGAACGUUCAUUUGCAACAGCGUAGCUUGGGGAAUAUAUAUCUUGAGAGAUGUUUCGGGGUCUCAGCGUCAUUUGCUUCCCGCAGCGAUAGUUAACCAACCGAGCGACAUUCAUUGGGUGCCCCUGUGUCGGCUGAAGCCGUUGACAUAGGAGUGAGAGAGGAAGGCCCUUGGCGGGAGUUUGCAGGCCGCGCAGGUUCCCGGGGUUGCCGGGGCAACUAUGGGUCGGCUUGACGACGCCGCGAAGCGCAAGGUGGUGGAGCUGCGGCAGGCGGGCCUCAGCUUCCGCAAGAUCAAGGCGGUGCUGGAGCUGGAGAACAUCAAGGUGUCCGCCCAGGCCAUCUACCUCUUCCUGAAGGAGUUUAAAGGGAAGUCCAGACCGAAGGAGGCAGGGGGCGGGGCUGGGGGCGGGGCCGGGGCUGGGGGCGGGGCCACGCAGCCGGGCACGGCAGCCUCCGGGGACGGGAGCAACGGGGCGGGGAGACAGGUGGGCUGGGCCGACCAGCAGGUGUGGAGCCUGCUCCGGGACACGUCCCGCGCCCCCGGGUACGCCUCCCCGCAGGAUUCGUCGCAGCAGGGCGGGACCCCCCGUGCGGGCGGCAGGCCGUCGGGCGGAGCAGCCGACGGCUCGGCCGGGGGGGGCAGGAUGGAGCAGCAGGGCGGGAGGAAGGAGGAUGGGAUCCGGAUCGUCAGCGUGACCUCGCUGGCCCGCGGGGCCCAGCAUGGAGGCCCGCAGAUGGCGGGGGCGGGGACGGGGGCAUUGAUGGGGGCGGGCAUGCGCAGGAAAGCGCCAAUGUCGCCAGCCUCCAGUGCCAUUCUGGUCGCGCGCAAGAGGCUGCUGGACAAGGCUCUGCUGCACAAAGCGCGGAUGAGGGAGAUGUCAGCUCAGCCUGGGCAGCAGGCGGGACAGCUGUACGGCAGGGGCCAGGCUUGUUUCCAGGGCAACGAUGCCAGGAAAGUCUCCAUGCUACCUCAGACCUCGACCCUCGACCUGACCUCCGCCAGGCUCCCUCAGGCGAGGGGGGGCCUGGAGCCUCACCCAGUCCCCAGCCCCCCCAAACGGACUCUCCAGAGGCCGGGCCCGCCUGCCCGCUCCCUGCACCCUCCCUUCCAGAGAGACCCGCCCCCAUGUAUCAACGUCCGCCCCCCCAACCCCGCGCCGGCUCCCCCUGCUGGACAGGGCCACGGCGCCCCCGCCAGGUCGCAGCCGCCCCCUAACCCGCCCCCCCGGAAGGAGCCCCCGGGGGCGCCCCAGGACGGCGCGUGGAGGGGCGGGGUGCAGGAGCAGAUGCAGGCGCUGGGGGCGGAGAUUCGGGGGCUUGGAAUGGCGGUCCGGCUGAUGAUGGAGCAGCAGAGCCGGGUGGAGCGGGAACAGGCGCAGCAGACCCAGGUGCAGAGGCAGAUCCUCAGCACCCUGCAGGCCCUGGCCUCCGCCCUCCGGCCGGCCAAGACCCCCACUCCCCCGGGCCCCGCCCCCUACAGGCGGGACAGCCACACCCCCACCCGCACCACCUACGCCCAGUGCAGCCAGCCUCCCCUGUCCAAGUACUGCGAGCUGGAUGCGUCCGGCCUGGACUCGCUGGAGUCCUACAAGCUGCCCGCGCUCGGCUCACCGAGAGUCAACGGCUUCCAGGCGUGCGCCGCCGCCGCCGACGGGCUCGGCCUCGGCCCGGCGCCGGCCCACGCGCCCGCCUACACCCCGCCGUACGCCGAGCCGCACGCCGAGGUCUUCGCGCAGUCCUACGGCAGCCCGUCGUACUCCGCCCAGUCUCACGCGCCCGCGUACAGCCAGGCGUACCCCGAGACGCACGCGCAGCCUGCGGACUACCCCGCCGCCGCCGCCGACCCCCUCCGGGGCUGCAGCCCCGCCGCCAGCCUGAACCCCAACUCGCCCCUCCCUCUGUCCCCCCACGACCCGCAGCUCAACAUCAUCAAAGUGGAGACCAUGUGAAGCGUUUCCCAAGCCUCUUUUUAAUCAUGUGUCCCUGUGGUCUCUGGUUCAGUCAUAUCCCAGACAUUUCACCUUUCAGUGGUUAUUUACACGCCAGCCCUUAGUCUUCAAACGGGCCCGCUGUUUAAAGCACGAUGUCCAGGUGCUAAUCCGUCACCUGGACCGUUAAAAAGUAUUUGCAGGCCAAAGUUUGGUUUUUUUAUUGUGUUCGCUUUUUAAAUACGAACUGCCAGCGCAUUCACCCUGGGCUGAAGCGAAUCAGGGAGGAACAGUGUACCUUGUGGUCACGAGAAACCACAACCAGCGAGACUGAAAAGGGGGACAACAUCUGAUUUUCAACGUUGUACCAGCCACACUCCUUUUACAGUAUAACGCAAGCUGUUCGGCUACCUGUCAGCGUGGCUGCUAGAGUAGAAAAUCUUACCAGCCACUGUCAAAAUUUUACCUGAAUUUGGCUGGUGGCGGGUGUUCAUUUCACACUCUGUCAGAGAAAGAAGGAAAUCUGAUCGAAAUGAAGCCAUAUUACAGUGAAGAGGAGUAUAUGCAGUACUAGGAGAGGUUUAAGGGUUUUUUUUGUGAUGUUAUCUCUCUGUGUACGUACAGUAUACUCCUCUCCACUGUUUGGAGGGGUGCAGGCUUGCCCUCGGCUGUGUCCCCAGCUUGCUCAAUCCCAUUCUGCAUGCUGUGAAAGGAGUAACUGAGUGCUCUUGCUUUUAGGGUUGAAAGGUCAUUUCUUCAAGAUAAAGAUGUGCCUGCCAAAACUUUGAGCAAUCGCCUCUUUACAGGGGUCUGUACAGGACAGGACAGGGUCUGAGAGAAUAUUCUACCUCCCCAUCUUGGAUCUGGUUGUUUCCCCUCCUUGUUCUGGUCGGGAAAAAUGUUUGAUGAAAAAACGUUGGUGAUUGACCGUGACCCGUGACAUCAUCGCAGAGCCGGCCCACAUGCAGAAGUGUGUCUCAUACGCUUUGUUUUACAUUCCAAGUGUUCAGCAGAUGUUCUUAUAAACAGCAUCUUAAACAGCUUACUUUUAUUUUACGUGCAGUCCAUUUAGAUCGCUGAAUAAUUUUUACUGAAGCAAUUCAGGUCUAGGACCUUCCUCGAGAGUACAGGGAAUUGAACCUGCAACCUCAAUAAAAGCCCAGUUCCCUCACCAUUCUCAAACAUUGCCACCACAACACUGUUCUGUGUUUUCCUUGGAUGUCUGUGUUUUAUUUUUUAUUUUUUAACCCCUGUCUUUGAGCAUUAGAGAGAAUCACGUUUGCUUUUUUUGAUAACAUAAACGCUGGGGGGUGGGGGUGGGGAAGAUAAAAGGGAAUCCGUGUCCUCUCAUAGUGUCUCGGGUUCUUCAGCCCGACACGCUCCCGUCGGUCUCCUCUGCUCGCGUGGGAACGGCAGAAGACGAGCGCGUGCGUCGCUGGGCCAAGCGCAGAGGCCCACGCCGUGACGCCUGCGGCCCAUUGGCUGGGCGCCGGAGCCGCGUCUCUGCGGCGAGAGAGAAAGGGACGCGGCGGCCGCCUGUGGAUAAGACAGGGGAACCCGACGCCUUUUAAGCGUCCCCCUCGCCAAGCGAGCCUGUGCCGUCAGACACUUCCGUCGCCAUGGUAACGGAUCCAGAGUGCUUUUCAGCCUUUCUGCCGUCUGACAUUAACACUACCGCUCCCCGUUCCCCCCCCUCCCACCAACCCAGUCACACUUCUUUACUUUAUGAGUCACACGCUCUCAGUGUCCUCUGUGGGCUCAUGAUGAAUCCUCAUUAAGGGUGAUUUUUUAUUUUUUAUAUAUAUAUAUAUAUAUGAAAAAAAAGAAACCCAUGAAGGGCAAGAGCAAAUGCAGUGUAUACGGCAACGCCGCCGUACGCACCUGGGCACAAGGCCACAGCAGCCCUACUGAGCCACCCACAGAAAAGCAACCAGCCGAGCUACCCACCGCCGCGCUCUACCACCGUCCUUUCAGAGAUGAAGAUCACCGAUAGCAUUUUCCCGGGGAAAUAGUUCUCAUAUAAUCGCACGGGUGUGAGCAGGCAGGAACGCAGACGUAUCUGUCCUUAUGAAUGGAUAACGCUCCCGUGUUCCAAUGCCCGGAGCCAAGCGGGGAAUCUCUGUUAAGGUUUUCAGUCAGCAUUCCCACUCCCAAACAGUUCUGCUUUAGUCAGGGACCUGCACUGAAAUACGGAAUUUAUUUCACUAGACGAGAUAGGAACCGUAUGAAGUACUGAAAGGUAAAAAUCUACCUUGCAUCAGUAUAUGUUUUUUUUUUUUUUAUGGAAAAGAUUGACCCUCAUUCUUAAAUAAAAUAAACAAUGACCUCUUUUGGUUGCCCAAAAGUCAGUAUCCCUUUUUUUUUGUGUUCCACAAAGUUCCACUGAUUUGUCAACCUUAAGAAGUCACACCUGACACUGCAGUUACAUUGACCUAUUCAGAACACUGCAUGAUUACUUUUUUAGGCAUUUCUCUCUCUCCCCCUGUAGCUGAACCAAGUCCAGUUUUUUUUUUACUUUGAGCUUUCUGUUUGUGCAGAGCUGGGCCGUGUUCAAAAGGCUGGAGGACAUUUCCUCUGAAGAGGACUUGUGUUGGUUUUGGUGGGACUUUUAUUAGAAAUCCAGCAGUGUUUGUUUGCCCCUGGCCUCUACCCUGCCAGUCAGAACUAACGUAGAGGUUUUCAUGAAAUGGGAUUAUCUUGAUUGUGAAGAAGUAAGUGCCAUUCCCAAAAUACAUAUUUAUAGAGCAAACAAAUUUAUAGCAAACAACAGUAGGCAAACCAACCGACACUUUGGCUAUGCAAUGAAGAUUAUCUUGGUACAGAUGGAUCGUCUCACGUGUUACUUGUCCAAAAUGCUAAUGAAGCAGAGGAGUUUAUUUUGGAACAACUAUUUAUCCAGUUGUGCUUACAAGGAUCACUGUUUGUGUUUUUUUUAAAUUAUAAUUAUUGAUAAUACUCCGUAUAGAAGCUAUGUAGAACUAGUUGACCACGAAUAAACGUUUGAUUGGUUGUAUGGUG